AUGAACAGACAAGCACUUCUUUCUUCCUUGGCAAUGAAUGGAUCGAGCAGACAAGAGAGGGUGGUGACAGAUGACGACGUACGCAGGAAAAGAACGGGUUAUCUUUCCUGUUUGCUCAUUGCCAUGGACUUUUGGGAAAGCUGGAGCCACGACGGCACCCCUCCCCCCAACUCCAAAACGAAUAUCCGGAUUCCCGUUUUUUCCCCCAAUCCGGUCUUUAAAAAGUGCCCGUCUGUCGCCUCAGAGCGGGAACAUAACAAACAGAGCAGGGCACACGCACAAGGCACCACAAGCACAAGCACAAGCACAAGCACAAGCUUCCUCCUGAGAGAGAGAGAGAGAGAAAGAACGCGUCGUUACAGGUGCUCGGCUCCUCCUUCGAGAAGAAGGCGAAGAAGAAGAAGAAGAAGAAGGUCCCGCUGGAACUCGAGACCGUUACAGAGAUGGCACCACCCAGCAUUAGCUGAGAAUGUGCAGAAGGGUACCAAUGCUCAUCAUGCACCGCAUCCACCUCUUAAUGAAAGGAUCCUUUCAUCCAUGUCUCGGAGAUCUGUUGCUGCACACCCUUGGCAUGAUCUUGAGAUAGGUCCUGGAGCUCCAACCGUUUUCAACUGUGUGAUUGAAAUUAGUAAAGGAAGCAAGGUGAAAUAUGAACUUGACAAGAAGACUGGACUGAUCAAGGUUGACCGCAUACUUUACUCGUCAGUUGUGUAUCCCCACAACUAUGGUUUCAUUCCCCGCACUCUUUGUGAGGACAAUGACCCGUUAGAUGUCCUAAUCAUCAUGCAGGAGCCUGUUCUUCCUGGAUGCUUUCUUCGGGCUAAAGCUAUAGGCCUCAUGCCUAUGAUUGAUCAGGGUGAGAAAGAUGACAAGAUAAUUGCUGUCUGUGCCGACGAUCCUGAGUACCGACACUAUAAUGAUAUUAAGGAUCUCCCUCCUCAUCGUUUGGCUGAAAUCCGUCGCUUCUUUGAAGAUUACAAGAAAAAUGAGAAUAAGGAGGUUGCAGUGAAUGAUUUUCUUCCUGCCUCAGCUGCCUUUGAAGCAGUCCAGCACUCCAUGAACCUCUAUGCCGACUACAUUGUGGAGAGCUUGAGGCGGUAGUCGACCACAGUUAACAUGGGUGGUGCAGGUCUCCAGGCCUCUGUCCUCCGUGUAGAUGACGACGAUAGUAAAAAUCUUGCAUACUCUUUGUAAGCGAAUUGCUUGUGUUUGGCGCAAAAGAAUGGCAUCAUAGUAUCGUGUUUAUAUUUACAGUUCGUGAAUGAUGUUUUGUAUUUCGACUGGAGAUUAAAAACAUUUAGGGAGUGUUUCCAUCAUUUUUGUCCUUCCUAUUCUUUUCUAUUGAUGCUCCCCUGUGGCCAUAACAUCUAUUUUGAUCAUAGCAAGAAGGGUUUUGUUCAGUUCAA